GCCGGGCAGUACCUCCCUGUCUCUGAAACGACUCAAUUCUUCAACGAAGAGCUGGGGAACAGAGCACAUCAAAUAUCUAACGGACUUGAACCAGUCGAUACACAGAAACACAAGAGGAUCCAGAGUGUCGCCGAACUCCAUCUUGUCACGUUUAAUUACUAAUAGUCAUGGCUUCAAAACUUGGCCGCUCAAUUAUUAAAGCACAGCGUCCUAUUAGGCCCAAAGGACAAGUAAAGUGUGAUGUCCACAAACAAAAUGAAGUCGUACUUUUAUGCCAGGACUGUAAAAUGUUAAUCUGUGUAAAAUGUUCAAUCACUAUCCACAAACAUCAUGUAAAUAGUUUUCUGGAGAUAUGUGACAUCAAAACACGACACAAUCAAAUACUCCAGGACUUUGUCAAUGAGACAGAAAAUGUAAAUAUUCCAAAACUAAACCAAGAAAUCAUCUCAUCUAGAACAAAAAAGACUUCAUGUAAACCUAUGUACGAUAAACUUCGCAAAAACAUCAUUGACAAUACUAAAAAAUGUAAGUUAGAGUUAGACAAAAUCACUGAGGAUUAUAUCGCACUUUGUGACAAGAUGGAGGUGGCGGCCAUGGACCUAAUACAGACCCACAUCACAGACCUGGAGAGUAGACUGAAAACUUUGAGGGAACUCUCAUCAGAGUAUAAACAGACUCUCCAGACAGGAACCGGUGUACUCGUGUACGACUCGGUAACAGAAAUCCGGGAAAUGGAUCCAGACAUCCCAUCGACACCUAACAUAGACAUGGCACAGUUUACUCCGUGUAUAGACAGACUAAGUCACCUAAAACAGGCCCUCGGGAACCUCAAACUUACUACUGACCAUCUCCAGGCAGGAUCGGCAACUAGUGGUCACUCCGACCAACGUCCAGUAGUCCGACCAAAACAGUCUACACAGGCAGGUCAAGCGUCCACUGGAGACGUCGAUGGACGUGCCUGGCUGUGUUACUGGGGCUCCAACACAGUAAAUCUCAUCAACAACCAAGGUCAGGUCAUACAGACGGUACGACAGAGCAGUAACAUACAGGACAUCAGUCUGGACCCCACCACAGGUCGUCUGUGGUUCUGUUGUUGGGAUAAAACUAUCUGUGAAGUAUCUACAUCACAUAAACCAGUCACAAGAUUCACUACAGAGGAUGACCCACUCAGUCUGUGUGUGACCAGGGAGGGUCGGGUAGUGGUGGGUUCAUGGGGUAUAGGACAGGGUCACAAGGUGUUGGUGUAUACAGUGGACGGUCAGGUGUUACAUACAGCCAUUGGGAAUGGGGAAGUAUGGUCAAUAACACAAUGUGGUGUUACAGGUAAUAUAGCUGUAGUAGUGGAUCGUAAACGUAUCAGUGUGUACAACUCAACACUCCAGUCACUGGUCAACUACCAGGGGGAGGGGAUACAGGCCCAGGUAAAGGGGAUACAGGUACGGGGGUCGGUCACACUAGACGAGUUUAGUCCUUACACAGUUGUAUAUGACAGUAAGGGUAAUAUUGUUAUUGCUGACGGUACAAGGGACACAAUAGAACUGAUAAGUGGAGCAGGGGAGUACAUAAAAACACUUCACACAAACAAAGGAGACCAGAGACCAGUAGGUAUACAGAAGGGUGAUGUGUUGUGGUCAUACUUAGUGUUAGAUACAGGAGGGCCGGGACUCAAACUCCUCAAGUAUUAUAGUGACUGA